UCGCCUUAAAGCGAACGUUAAACGUGCAGCGUACAACGAUGUCGUUCAAUGGCAGCACGAAAAUUGGUUUCCCCGGCAUUGGCAGCUAUCCGUAUCCAUUUGCGGAGCUGGCGGAUGAGCGCACACGGACGUGGCCGCUGGUGGAGUCGCCUUGGAAUGCAGCCAUCCUGCUGGCCUUGUAUUUGCUGAUGGUGCGCUAUGCACCGAAAUGGAUGGCCAGGUACAAACCGUUGCAGCUGCGCGGCCCAUUGUUCUGCCACAACCUGGCCAUGGCCCUGCUGAAUGCCCACAUAUGCCUGGAGCUUUUUACGGCGUCGCGAGCCCUCAACUAUAGCAUCAGCUGUCAGCCGUGUCGGGUGAGCCAUAGCCCCCAUGAAAUGCGUAUUGCCGCGGCCUUUUGGUGGUUCUACAUCUCGAAAAUUCUCGAAUUUGCCGACACGGCCUUUUUCAUCUUGCGCCAGAAGUGGUCGCAGUUGAGCUUCCUGCAUGUCUACCAUCACAGCACCAUGUUUGCCAUGUGCUGGAUCGUUGUCAAGUGGAUACCAACCGGCUCGAGUGAGUCUCACACCACAAACCUCAUCCUCCUGCUGUCUGUAUCUGUCUGCCUCCACAGCCUUUCUGCCUGCGAUGAUGAACUCCUUCGUGCACAUCAUUAUGUACGGCUAUUACGCGCUGAGUGUGCUGGGACCCCGCAUCCAGCCGUAUCUUUGGUGGAAGCGACACUUGACUGCCCUGCAGCUGGUGCAGUUUGCCAUUGGCCUGGCCUGGGGCUCGCAGGCCAUUAUCCAGAGAUGCGAAUACCACACUUGGGUCAGUCUCACCGGCGUCGCCUACAUGCUGACGUUUCUCUACCUCUUUGGCCGUUUCUAUGCCCAAAAGUACAGGGUAGCAGCGGCGGCAGCAGCAGUCAAGCAUCUUAAGUACACGGA